AUGUCAGCUGAAUCCUCGCCAGUUUUGCAGGCUCCAAGGACCCCGAGUGUAGAGCCGCAGGUAGAGCCAGCAGAAGAGGUCCCUGAUAACAUCACGGGUACCGCGGAAGAAGAACAAUCCGCAAUAACAACAACAGAGGAAGAAGCAACCGAGGCUUCUUCAUCAAUCUUUAACAACCCUUUUCUAAAAAGCUUGAAAAAGUACCCCAGUUAUACUCAAGACGAAGUGACCGCAUCAUACUCGGCACUUUACAGUAUAGUAAAUCCACCGUGUCUCGAUUCUCUGGCUACCAACCUACCUAACCGCGUGCAGUCUUCCGCAUUGCCUAUUGUUAAUCCCAAGAAGCCUCAUCCAGGCAUUCGUUCCUUAGAAACAAGUCCGUGUGUGUCUGAUUCUAAUACAAACUUCAGUUCUCGCGCGUCAAGUCCAAGUCUACAAAGUCUGUGCCCACCAGUAGGUCCCAAAAGCAUUACUGGGGCAGUGCGCAGCAAAAGCAGUGGUCCACCAAGUGUCAGGUUUCUUGCAUCUAAUCUCCGGUCACGUCUGGCAUCAGCCAUACAGAAAGUGGAUCGACCAAAGAAACUACCAUCCCGAGAAGGUACACCUUUGUGUACAGAAGAAAAUGGCACAGAAGAAAAUUUACAAAGCUCCCAAACUACACCGCAAACGGUGUUACCAACAACAAAGUUCAAUAGCAUACACAAUGAGUUAUCACCAUCAUCAACUAAUUCGUUAUUUUCAUCAAUCAACACAUCUUCUUCGUCUAAUUCAGAUUCUUCAGAUUCUUCAGAUUCGGAUUCGGACUCGGAUUCAGACCUGGAUCUACCAGACUCAUCCUCAACCGUGGUUUCUAUCUCAGCAAUGACUGCAAAUGCUACGACUGCAUCAAACACACCUUCUUCACACUCUUGGGUUGACCCUGGGACUGAUACAUCUAUGGAUACUUCUUAUAGCGAUUCUCCAUCGUUUGGCAGCGCGCUGCGCGCGCUUGGCCCGCGGACUAACGAUGACCGUUACUUUUCGCGCGUUUAUAAAGACAUUAGACGUAAACGUCUGAAACGCAGCAAUGACCGUGCAAACUCUCUUCAACAGCAGCAACAGCAGCAACAACAACACGUUUUCCGCACUCCUGUUGUAGGAACAUUGUCUCCACCACUGCUGACUCCUACUUCGCCUUCAGUCAGCGGGCGAUCGGCGCUGUGCGUUACUAAGCUGGCAGCAGCCGCAACAGCUGGUCUUCAAGCGGAGAUGCAAUCUUUGUCUCGUUCACCGGUCAAUGCCUUGCGACUACAAAAAUCAGGUGUAUCAUCGUCGCCCUCAAUAGCUGCAUAUUUCUCUCCUUCAACGUCUCCUGCCCCGGCUUUGGCUGCUCCCAUGUCGGCUUCUAAACCUGUGGUAUCUUUAACCUCACAAUCAACCUCUUCGAGAUCGUUGCGGGACCAUAUGGGAGAAGAAGACGCGGUCGCUGAAUCCUUAAUUUGGCUUGGAACUGGGUCUAUAGCAUAA